GUAGACGUCGCUCCCUGUGCUCACACCUCAUGCGCGCCAGAGAUGCAGCAGGCCGUCGACUCGCGCCAGACGCUCGCCAGCCAGCUGAGCGAAAAUGUCGCCGUGCGCAAGGAGUUCGCCGCACUGGCGCCCGACGCGCACGUGUACAAGCAGAUGGGGCCCGGGCUCAUGAAGCAGGACCAGGCCGAGGCACGCUCCAACGUCGAGAAGCGCAUCGAGUUCAUCGAGGCGGAGAUCAAGCGCGCAGAGACGCGGUUACGCGAGCUGGCGGACAAGGGAGAGAAGCAGAAGAACGAGCUCGUCGAGCUGCAGACCACGCUGCAGGCACGCGAGCAGGAGGCA